AUGGGCACAAGGAGCAAACGUGCCCAGGAUGUGCUGAUCGGCGGCCGCUUCCGCAUUCAGGAGCGCUUGGGCGGUGGCGCCUUUGGUGAGGUGUUCAGAGGUGUCGAGUUGAACAGCGGCCACCCUGUUGCCAUGAAGAUGGAGCUGACGAAGGAUGGCUAUCGUUCGCACCUCAACCUGGAGAACCGAAUCUACAAAAAGCUCAACGAGUGUCCGGUGACUGUCGGCAUCCCAAAGUCCUACUACUGCGAUCGCGUGGGCGAUUACACUGUCAUGGUAAUGGACCUUCUCGGCCCGUGCCUGGAUGAUCUCUUUGAAGUGUGCCACCACAAGUUUAGCUUUAAGACGGUCUGCAUGAUCGGCAUCCAGGUCAUUCAGCGGCUUCAGUAUAUCCACAGCGUUGGCUUCCUGCAUCGCGACAUCAAGCCAGAGAACUUCGUCAUGGGCGUCGGCACCAACUCUCACAUCGUGUACGUGAUCGACGUGGGUCUCUCCAAGGCGUGGCACGACUCUACGGGGAAGCAUAUUCUGUACGCGGAGGGCAAGUCGUUGACUGGCACAGCACGCUACGUUAGUAUCAACACACACCGGGGCAUUCAACAGUCUCGGCGCGAUGACCUCGAAUCCGUCUCCUACCUGCUUGCCUACUUCGCGCGUGGCCACCUACCCUGGCAGGGGCUCAAAUCACCAAAGAAGGAUGCACGCUUUGAGCGCAUUCGCGACGUUAAGACCGCCACGUCGCCGGCGGAGCUGUGCAAGGGCUAUCCCCACCAGUUCGCCGAUUACGUCGAGUAUACGCGCUCCCUCGGCUUCGAGGCAGAGCCAGACUACAGCUACUGUGUGGGGCUGUUUUCUUCGGCGAUGGCGGACAUGGGGGAGCAGUACGACUACUGCUACCAGUGGAUCGACCGAAGCGAGGCCGAGGUCAAGUCCGAGCUCGACGCGCUCGGGUCCACUCAUAGCCUGCGCACCUCUGGGGCGCAGACAAGUGUUGCUGUCGGAGGCUCCGACCUCAUGGCCUCCUCCGUCUUUAUGGGAGACAGCGCGGUGAACGAGAUGAGCAAAUCCCUUUUGAAUACUAACUUUAUGGAGGAGAACCAAGACUACUACGGCCUUAACGAUUACAUCUGA